UUUUUUCCAUCAUGGGAAAAUGAGGUUUUUGGUAAUUGGUCUGAUCGUCGCCUGUGUGGCCUUCGGCAUAUCUUUAGACUAUGGUGUUGCUCAAACAGCUGGAGCUACUCCAGCAGCGACAACAGGAGGAGCUGGAGGAGUUAAUUCAGCAGCGGCUACAGGAGGUGCUGGAGGAGUUGCUCCAGCACAAGCAGCAGCAGCAGCACCAGCAGCAGCUCCAGCAGCAGCUCCAGCAGCAGCUCCAGCAGCAGCUCCAGCAGUAGCUCCAGCAGCAGCUCCAGCGGCGGCUCCAGCAGCAGCGCCAGCAGCAUCAGGAGGAGGUUAUUCUGGAAAUACAGAUCAAUCAGGAGGUGAUGGAACAGCGGAUGCAACUUCUUCACCAGCAGCAGCACCAGCAGCAGCAGCACCACCAGCAGCAGCACCACCACCAGCAAAUCCACCAGCAGAUGGAGGACAAAAUUCAGAAGCAUCAGAAAGCCACAACCAUAAUAAUUUAAUAGCAGGCGGAAUAGGAGCAAUCUUCGGAGGACUAGGUACAGGAUUAUUUAUGAAUCGUAGAUAUAAAAAAAAGAAACGAAGAUAUAUGCAACAAUAUGGAUAUCACGGCAAUGGAAAUGGUGGAUAUGAUCAUGAAAGAUAUGGACGUCAUAACAAUGGUCGACAGAAUAGUUAUGGAUAUGGAGGUGGUGGGGGCCAUCCAUAUCAAAAUGGUGGGAACAAUAAUUAUGGAAGUGGUGGAGGCUCUGGAUAUACUGGAGGUUUUGGACAUGGUGAAGGCUCCGGAACUGGACAUUCUGGAUAUAAUUCCCAUCUUGAUUAUGAUCAUGAACAAGAACGUGAACGUGAACAUGAACGUGAACGUGAACAUGAACGUGAACGUGAACGUGAACAUGAACGUGAACGUGAACGUGAACAUGAACGUGAACGUGAAAAAGAACGUCAUGAGCAUGAUCAUGAAAAGAAACAUGAUCAUCCUGAUGAUAAACACCCUGAUAAGGACCAUGGUAAACACCAUGAUAAAGACCAUGAGAAACACCCUGACAAAGACCAUGAGAAACACCCUGAUAAAGAUCAUGAGAAACACCCUGAUAAAGAUCAUGAGAAACACCCUGAUAAAGAUCAUGAGAAAAAAUCUGAUCCUAAAAAAGAUCCUAAAGAUGAUCAUCCUCCAAAUGUAAUUGUUGUCCAUACCGAGCACCAUAUACAUCAUUAUCCACCUGAUUAUAAACCAGAUGAUCAUAAAAAAGAUGACCAUAAACAAGAUGAUCAUAAGAAAGAUGAUCCUAAAAAAGAUGAUCAUAAAAAAGAUGAUCAUAAAAAUGAUGAUCAUAAAAAAGAUGAUCAUAAAAAUGAUGAUCACAAAACAGAUGACCACAAAAAGGAUGAAAAUAAGAAAGAUGAACCUAAACAUUAUGAAUCACCUUCACACCAACCAGAACACGCAACGAAAUAAUUUAAUUCAAAAGUUAUUAUUUAAUAAAAAUGGUUAUAAGUAUUCUCGUUCAUAAUAACUCUUGUAUCUAGAAGCUUUAAAGUAAAAU